UGACCAUGAUAAAAAUAAAUUGAGGUGAACAAAGUAAUCUACAUACAUCCUAGUAAAACAAUAAAAAUGAAAAUUUUACUGUUACUAUUUUGUUUGGUUGGGACACUUCUAGCUAACCAAGAACUAUGGCAAAAAUUUAAGAAAAACCAUAAAAAAUCCUACAAAUCUCUUGUCGAAGAACGUUUACGCUACGAAAUUUUUACCAGCAACUUAAAAAUAAUUGAAAAACACAAUACGAAAUACGCACAAGGGUUGACCACGUUCAAAAAAGGAGUCAACAAAUUUGCGGAUUGGAGCGCGGAUGAGUUUUUAGCGUUUCUAAAAUUAAGUGGACCAUCUAACAAGGACAAAUCAGGUGAAUUUUUUAAAUCAAAUGAUACCCUCCCAACUGAAGUUGACUGGAGAAAUAGAGGCGCUGUAACCGAAGUAAAAGAUCAGGCCACCUGUGGAUCUUGUUGGGCAUUUAGUGCUACUGGAAGUUUGGAGGGUCAACUCCAAAUACAAAAAGGUAACCUGACAUCUUUAAGCGAACAAAACUUAAUAGACUGCUCGAAAAAGUACCAUAAUUCUGGAUGCAAUGGCGGAUUAAUGGAAAACGCGUUCAAAUACAUCAAAGACCAUGGUAUAAUGAGUGAAGAAUCCUACCCUUACUUUGGUUUCGAUGGAGUCUGUAUGUUCGAUGACUUCAGAAUAGCCGCGACCAUUUCUGGAUACGUUGCAAUACAGGAAGGCAAUGAAAACGACCUCAAGGCGGCUGUGGGUACAAUUGGACCAAUCUCUGCUUGUCUUUAUGCUACUGAAGACUUUCAGUUAUACGAAUUGGGAAUUUUUAAUGACGAGCAUUGCCCUUCUUAUACCUUGAAUCAUGGGGUUUUGGUUGUUGGAUAUGGAAGUGAAAAUGGGCUAGAUUUUUGGAUUGUUAAGAAUUCUUGGGGGUCUUCGUGGGGGGAACAUGGUUAUAUUAGGAUGGUUCGUGGGAAAAAUUUAUGUGGUAUAGCUACUGAAGCAAGCUAUCCCACUUUGUAAAAUAUUAUUUUGUAGAAAUAAAUGAAUAAAAAAGCCAAA